AUGACAGACCUCAACUAUGGACUUUUUAUUCUUCUACCGGCUCUCGCUGGUCUGGCAGCACAUCUCGGAUAUUUCAUCCAUGGCGAACAUCAUAUGCAAUCGCUCCAAUGGCUGCUCACGACCCUCUUCUCCCCGCUGGUAGUCUUCCUUACGAUCCUCAAGUUUGAUGUUACGUCUUCAUAUGUGGCGGCGCUGAAACUCACAACUCUCAUUCUCACUUCGUUCUUCACUUCGUUGACCGGGAGCAUCCUUACCUAUCGCGUAUUUUUCCAUCCGCUACGCCAUUUUCCAGGACCGUUUGGUGCGAAAUGUUCGAAAUUGACUCAUGUGGCGAGAUUGCUGGAGACGAGUGAUAAUUACCUGCAAGUGCAUACUUUACAUAAGAAGUAUGGGAAUAUUGUGAGAAUUGGUCCUAAUGAACUUUCGAUCAUCAAACCGGAAGCGGUGAAAGCAAUGAUUGGACCGGGUUCGAAAUGUACGAAGAGUGCUUGGUAUGAUGUUGUGGGACUUCCUCAUACGACUAUGCAUUUAGAACGAGAUCGCGUAAAGCAUGAUAAGAGGAGGAAAGUUUGGGAUCGUGGAUUUAGUGCAAAGGCUCUACGCAACUAUGAGGGUCGAGUCACGAGACAUGCCGACGAUUUGGUUUCGCGGAUUAGUACUUUUGGAGGAAAAGCAAUUAAUGCAACGCACUGGUUUAAUGCCUAUGCGUUUGACGUUAUAGGAGAUUUGGCUUUUGGGAAAUCGUUUGAUAUGUUGAAAACGGGAGAAAAGCAUUUUGCGCUCAAAAUUUUACAAGAGGGCAUGGAGCCAUUAGGGAUUCUUACGCCUAUUCCUUGGGUCUUCCCUAUCCUCAUCAAGAUUCCGGGUGCAAUGGAUGGGUUCAACAGAUUUGUUAACUACUGUGCUGAGCAUAUUGAUAUCCGCAGAGCAAAUGAGCCAAGUGUACCAGAUAUCAUGACGUGGCUCAUCGACGCUGAGAAGAAUGAUCCAGAUCCAAUCCAUAGAGAUACCAGAUGGCUGCACGGUGACUCACGUCUGGCUAUUAUAGCAGGUAGCGAUACUACAUCUGCAACACUCACAUAUCUUUUCUACCACCUCUGUCUUGGACCGCAUCACGUGGCUCAAUUGAGAGAAGAGCUCGAACCAAUAUUUACUCCCGGUUCUCCAAGCGAAUGUAGAGAUAUCCAAGAUGCGCCGUAUCUGAAUGCCGUCAUUAACGAGACGCUUCGAUUACAUCCACCCGUUCCCAGUGGAUUACUGAGACAAACACCAUCUGAAGGUUUGACAAUUGAUGGAACGUAUAUCCCGGGUAAUGUGGUUAUCUCGGCUCCUACGUGGACCAUGGGUCGUUUAAAAUCCUGCUACCCCUCUCCCCACAGCUUCCUUCCCACGCGCUGGUUCCCCGACCCCGAGAACGCGCAUACCUCUCGAUAA